UCUUAGUGGGUAGGCUGAGACGGUGAGAAUUCCAACACACACACACACACACUGACGUACGAUAUCGAACACACUGACACAACACAACCGCCGGGCGCCGCCGGCUUUGUCGUCAACGUCACCAUUCCUUAACACACUCUCUACAUACACGUCGCAGCCGGCCGGCAGCUCAUCUUCUGUAUUUAAACGCGCUCCAUCCAUUCCGGUCAGGGCACGGAGUCGUCACUCCUAGCUCCGCGCGCACCGAGCUCCCACACACUCUCGCAGCAAUGGCACGCGGCGGCUCUACCGCGGCUCCUCCACCCCUCCCGCCGCUGCUGCUGCUGCUGGUGGUAGUAGUGGUGUCCUCGGCCUUUUUCGCUCGCUGCUGCCACGCCGCGCCGCCGGGUGCACUGGUGACGAGCGUCCCGGGGUACACGGCGGGCAGCGGCGCGCUGCCGUCGAAGCACUACGCCGGGUACGUGACGGUGGACGAGGCGCACGGCAGGAGGCUCUUCUACUACCUGGUGGAGUCCGAGCGUGACCCCGCCAAGGACCCCGUCGUGCUGUGGCUCAACGGCGGGCCUGGCUGCUCCAGCUUCGACGGCUUCGUCUACGAGCACGGACCAUUCAACUUUGAGGCAGGAGGGUCAGCUGGAAGCUUGCCAAAGCUUCAUCUCAACCCUUAUAGCUGGUCUAAGGUGUCUAGUGUGAUAUACUUGGACUCCCCUGCUGGUGUUGGGCUGUCUUACUCCAAGAAUGUUUCAGAUUAUGAAACUGGUGAUCUUAAGACUGCUGCUGAUUCGCAUACUUUUCUUCUCAAGUGGUUCCAACUCUACCCUGAGUUCUUGAAAAAUCCAUUUUAUAUAGCUGGAGAGUCAUAUGCUGGAGUUUAUGUCCCUACCCUUUCACAUGAAGUUGUCAAAGGAAUCCACAAAGGAGAUAAGCCAACUAUAAACUUUAAGGGCUACAUGGUUGGCAAUGGUGUAUGCGACACCGUCUUUGAUGGUAACGCUCUUGUGCCAUUUGCACACGGAAUGGCUCUAAUUUCAGAGAGUAUAUACAAGGAAGCCAACACUGCAUGUCAAGGAAGUUACUGGAAUUCUAGUAGUGCAAAAUGCGACGAUGCGCUGUCAAAAGUCGAUACGGCACUUGAUGGAUUAAAUAUUUAUGACAUUCUUGAGCCAUGCUACCAUGGUACAAACACCAAAGAAGGUAUCCCACAAAGUAACAAACUUCCUCCAAGUUUCAAAGAUCUUGGUGUAACUAGCAAGCCCCUUCCAGUAAGAAAUAGAAUGCAUGGACGGGCCUGGCCUUUGAGAGCUCCUGUAAGAGAUGGGCGUGUUCCAUCAUGGCAGGAGCUAGCUGCAUCAGUUCCCCGUGGAGUUCCAUGUAUGAGUGAUGAAGUUGCAACAGCAUGGCUAAACAAUGAUAACGUCAGAUCUGCGAUUCAUGCUGAACCAGUCAGUUCAAUUGGACCCUGGCAAUUAUGCACAGAUAAAAUAGAUUUUGAUCAUGAUGCUGGGAGUAUGAUAAUUUAUCACAAGAACCUUACAAGCCAGGGUUAUCGUGCUUUGAUUUACAGCGGUGACCAUGAUAUGUGCGUACCUCACACUGGGACUGAAGCAUGGACUGCAUCUUUAGGCUACGGCAUCAUUGAUUCAUGGCGACAAUGGAUUGUUAAUGAACAAGUAGCUGGGUACACCCAAGGAUAUGAAAACGGCCUUACUUUCACCACGAUUAAGGGUUCUGGGCACACAGUUCCUGAGUAUAAACCACAGGAAUCAUUGGCUUUCUAUAGCCGUUGGCUUAAUGGUACUAAGCUGUGAUACUCAUGAAGGAGCUCCUGACGAUGAGGCCUAUUUUUGUGCAAGUUCAUGUAGUACUGAACCAAAAAAAGUACAAUGUGGAGAAAUUGGAUAAAGCAUACAGCAAUAUAAGGCAGCUAAAGGAUCAAAGUACCUAGCGCCAACUACAAUGUUGCAAUGAUUCGUGCAAAUAUUAUAUCAAAGUACCUUACAUGCAUUAUUCAUUAGUUCACUGGGACCAAACAUUUGUGAAAAAUUUCCUUGAUAUUUUUUUGAAUCAUAGUAUAAACAUAGAGGCUCAUAUA